AUGGACUCCUCAACUUCAUCGUCCUCUACAUGCAUCCGGGUACUAUCUGAAUCCUCAAAGACGUUGGAUGAAUAUGACAAGAGAAGAGGGGAUUUUGGCUCUCGCCUUGCACUCGAAACCAUGAUAAAGCGUUCCCCAGUACGAGUUUUAAGCCUCACAUGCAGUGCUUCUGGCUGCGAGAGAAAUUGGAGUACUUUUGAGCAGAUCCACACAAAGAAGAGAAAUCGGCUGGAGCAACAAAAACUCAACUCUCUAGUAUAUGUGAUGUAUAAUAUGAAGCUGAGAGAAAGAAGCAUGAAGAGAAGGGCGACAAUGGAUCCGAUAUUGGUGGACCACAUUGAAUCAAAUGAUGAAUGGAUUACUGAGAAAGAAAGCCCUAUUCUCCCAAUUGAUCUAUUGUGGCUCGAAGAUCAAAAUAUGGCCUUUGAUAUUAGUGUCAUUACAACUAUUCCGGAGUCUGAUGAUCCAGUUGACAGUAAUGCACCAUCAACAUCUAAUAUUUCUGAAGGAGAUUGCCCCCCACCUUCCUCAAGGAAAAGGAAGGCAACUACUUUAAGCGGUCCCAUGGGAAGAUUUCUUACUCCUAUAAGAGAGGAAGGAGAUAUAGGAACGAGUGUUCAUGGUGUGGAUGAUGUACAUGCAGAUGUAGAUGCUGAUGUUGAUGAUGAAAGGCCUAGACCUAGUGACGAAGUGAAUGAGGAUGACGACAAUGAGGAUGACGACAAUGACGAUGACCUAUUACAUAUAGAUGACCUUUAG